CCCCCACACACUCAGAGAAGCAACGAACAGGAAACUGUGCCACUGUGAGCUUGACAUCUUAAAACAGAACAACUCACUCAGAAAUCUGCCUGAAAAUGAUGCCAAACCUGAUCAUAACUCUCCUCAUCAAUUUAAUCUUCAUGUUCUUCACUGGUAAAUGUGUCUCUUCAUGUAUCUACAAAGCUGUGGGUGGCAAAGUUCUGAUUUCAUUUGAUGAUGCAAAAUUGCAAAAGGACAAUGAACUGAGAUGGACUCAUAAUAAACAUAGAGUUUAUUUAAGAAAAGGCUCACAAGUUAAGCACAGCGAGCUCAAUGUUAGUGAAGAUGGAUCUCUGAUACUGGAGAACGUACAGAAAGAUCAAUCUGGAGAGUACAAGGGCAUCAUCUUUGAUACAGAUGGAAAGUUAAUAACAGAAACCGUGCAACAGCUCUGUGUUCUGGAGCCAGUGCCUGAACCUACAGUCGUCUUUGAGUGUGUCGAAAAAGGAGUAUAUCUGAAUUGUAGUGCAGUGAACAUCGAUGAGGUGGUUGUGUCCUGGAUGAAAAAUGGCAUUGAGACUAAUGCGACUGGUGCCUUUUUACAUGUCCCUUCAUCUGAGCUCAAACCUGGAGAUACUUUCUCCUGCACAGUCAGUAACCAGAUAAGCAAGAAGUCAGCAAAAGUAGUUAAGCCAAGUUGCUCUUUCACAGAUUUACACACAACAACUGCCAAUGAAGACAAAACAAGAGAAAUAAACAACCAGAGUGAAAAUAUAAAUAUAAAAGGUGACUAUGAGAAUACAUUUCUAGGCUUGGAACUGUGGUUGAUGCUGGUGAUCCUGAUAGGAGGAGGAAGUUUCCUCAUACUCUUCAUCAUCUGCCUCGUCUGUGUCUGCCGCUGGUACAGGCGAAACAAGAGGAAGGCAAAAGAGGAAGAAGAGUACCGGCUUACAGCUCUAAUGCCAGAUCACACAAAUCCGCCUGAUGAGCAGUACAUGCAAACCACAUCUCAGAGGUCUUCUAAAAGCCAGCGUCCUCUUCCACCCUUACCCAGCCCCCAAAGUCCUUCUUGUGUGGGACCCCCAUAAGAGAACAACCUGGCCUUCCAGAGACAUUGAGACCAAGACCAAGACCAAUGCUGGUGACCAAUCCCUGGAAUGGAACAUUGUUUGUAUAUAGAAUUUAUUAUAACCUACACUAUUGGUCACAAAAGUUAGAGAAAAAAUUAUGUAAUAGUUUAAAAAUUAAAAUAAAAAAUAAAAUAAUAUAAUUUUGAGUCUCUGUUCAGCAACGCUAAAAUAAUAAAUGUAUCACAACAAAAUAUUAAGCAGCAAAACUGUAUUCCACAUUGAUAAUGAUAAGAGCCAUUGUAAAUAACUGAAUACUGACUGAUGAAAAUGGAGAGUAAAUCAUUAUAUCAGAGUGAUUUCUGAAGGAUCAUGUGACACAAUAUUAUUGUCUUUACUGUAUUUUUGAUGAGCAUAAGAUACUUGUUACAAAAUCAUUCAAUAAAAUCUAUUAUUGCAUAAUCUUGAA